GGAGAAAUUACAGUUUAAAUUGCGAUCAUGGCGCUUGAUGUAAAGUCCCGAGCAAAAAGAUAUGAAAAACUAGAUUUUCUGGGGGAGGGUCAGUUUGCCACUGUUUACAAAGCCAGGGACAAGACCAACGACACGAUAGUUGCCAUCAAGAAGAUCAAAGUUGGACACAGAACAGAGGCUAAAGAUGGCAUCAACAGGACAGCCCUACGAGAGAUUAAACUACUGCAGGAGUUAAGUCACCCAAACAUUAUUGGGCUGCUUGAUGCAUUCGGGCACAAAUCCAACAUCAGCUUGGUGUUUGACUACAUGGAGACAGAUCUGGAGGUGAUCAUUAAAGAUACCAGUCUGGUUCUGACUCCAGCCAACAUCAAAGCCUUCAUAGUGAUGACUCUACAGGGCCUGGAGUACAUGCACCACCACUGGGUCCUGCACAGGGAUCUGAAGCCCAAUAACCUGCUGCUGGAUGAGAAUGGUGUGUUGAAGCUGGCUGAUUUUGGUUUGGCUAAAGCCUUCGGCAGCCCUAACAGAGUCUACACUCACCAGGUAGUCACCAGGUGGUAUCGUUCUCCAGAGUUGUUGUUCGGAGCCAGGAUGUAUGGGGUGGGCGUCGACAUGUGGGCUGUGGGCUGCAUCCUUGCAGAGCUCCUCUUAAGGUUACCCUUCCUAGCAGGAGACUCAGAUCUGGACCAGCUGAGUAAGAUCUUUGAAGCUCUGGGUACUCCUACAGACAGCACCUGGCCUGGGAUGAGUAGUCUACCUGACUAUGUGUCGUUUAAGUUGUUUCCUGGUACUCCUCUGGAACACAUCUUCAGUGCUGCAGGAGACGACCUCUUAGAGCUACUACAGGGUCUAUUCACCUUCAACCCCUCCACACGCCUUACAGCUACACAGGCUCUAAAGAUGAGAUACUUCAGUAACAGACCAGGUCCGACCCCCGGGGCCCAGCUGCCCCGGCCCAACUCCUCAGCAGAGGCUCUCAAAGAGAAGGAGAACCUCACCAUCGGAAUCAAGAGGAAACGAGACGGACUGGAGACAAGCACCAUAAAGAAGAAACUGAUACUGUGAGAGGGGGGAUUUGCUUCGGUGGAGCAACAUGACCACUCCUGCUGUUGAACUCCCAGUGUGGUUCAUUGGACUAGGUAGAAGUUUCCCCUAACCAGUGGUCCAGGGUCAUUAUUUUUUUUACAUUUGGUGUUAGGUCAUGUGAUCCUAGAUCUGUGGUUAGGGACAACUACUUAUGCCUCCAGUGCGGCCCAUUGUGGUCUAAUGGUCCAGCUGUGAAAACCUCCAGUGUGGUCUAGAACAGUGGUUCUGAAUAUUCUUCAUUGCAACAAUGAUUUCUGAGCUCUGUAAGAGCCUGGUAGAGCAGAACUAUUUAUGUGACAGAAGAGGAAAAACAGCAACACUUGGUUUUCGUUAUGAUUCAUUUCAUAGAUUUAGUUUUAUUUGUUUAUUUUUUGUGUAAGUGAUGUAGGAUAAUAAAUAAUUCUGUCUGAGAUUAUGCUCUUGUUCAUUUGGUUGACAACUCUGAAUUAAUGUGACACCUCAACUCUUAGCUAACUCGCAUUACAAAGAAAGCUAUUAUAAAGGUUCACAUUUGAUACCAUUAUUUUUUUCAUGAAUUUAAUGAAAACUGUUAUUGGAAAAUGUUUGUGGAAUGUCAAAUAUGGAAUAAAAAAUAUAUAUUGAAUCGAAUAUUAGGAAGGAACUUAUGUUUGGGAAUCCUCAUGUCACCUUUCCCACUCUGGUUUGUGUUGGCAUUCACCCCACAUGGAGGGAAGUGCCCUUACUGCUCUGAAUGAUUACACUACCAUCCACCCACUACAUAAACAGAGACUGAAUCCUGAUAAAGGUAUAAAGAAUUAACCUUUUCACGCGGUGUGUGUGUGUUUGUGAGGAAAACAAAUAAACACUAUAUAUACAAAAGUAUGUGGACAGCC